CCUGUCUCCAGUAGAGGAUCUUGGAGCUAGCUGCGGAGCUAACAGCAGCAGCUCUCAGCGGGCUGCAGCCUGGUCCUGGUCCCGAUCCUGAUCCGGUAUGAUGCCAGCCGACAUGUCCUCCCUGGUCCAGAGAGUCGCCCGGCAGGCCCUGGCCACCUUCCGGGUCCCGGUCCGGCCCGGGGAGGAUCUGGGCCGCUCCUUCCUGGACAACCAGAACCUGCUCAGGAGCCUCCUGACGGAAGUCCGAGCGGCGGACCUGAAGCUGGUCCCCCGGACCGCCAGCUCGUCCCCGACCCACCGCCUGCACCCCGGGGGGCCCCCCGUCACCUACAUGCACAUCUGCGAGACGGAGCAGUUCAGCAUGGGGGUCUUCCUGCUGAAGGGGGGCGCCUCCAUCCCGCUGCACGACCACCCGGGCAUGCACGGCAUGCUGAAGGUCCUGUACGGCCAGGUCCGGAUCAGCUGCUUCGACCGGCUGGAGCGGCCCCCCGGCGGGCCCCAGGCGGGCCCCCCGGCCCCCCUGCUGCCCCCGGCCUCGGUGGGGGCCCUGCGGCGGUCCCUGCUGCGCUCCAGCGCGGUCUACAGCGAGGAGGCCGGGCCCUGCGUGCUGGCCCCGGACCGGGACAACCUGCACCAGAUCGACUCCGUGGACGGCCCCAGCGCCUUCAUGGACAUCCUGGCGCCCCCCUACGACCCGGACGACGGCCGGGACUGCCACUACUACAAGGUCCUGGCGGACCCGGAGGGCAAGGACUCGGAGGAGAUCUGGCUCAUGGAGAUCUCACAGCCCCCUGAUUUCUGGUGUGGAGGGGAGCCCUACCCGGGCCCCGAGGUCUGCCUCUGAUCCACGUCUCCUGGGUCCGGGUCUGGAUCUGGUCCUGGAUCUGGAUCUGGUCUGGUCCUGAUCCCUGGACUUGGUGGACUAACUAGACUUCCUGGAGUGAAACCUGAAUGUGUGUUGAACCGUUAGAGGUCCAGAAUGUUCAGAACAGGUGAAACCACAUUAUUAUAACUGCUGUUAUUAUUAUUAUUAUUAUGAUGAUGAGUUAUUGUUUAUCAGCUGAAAUAUAAGCGUCUCUGUUUCCCUGUGAGACUCUGAACUGAACUAGAUACUUCCUGGUUGCAGCCAGUCCAUCGUUUGAUCUUUAAGGUUUUUCCUGGUUUCUGAGUUCUGGAGGAGAAACCAGAUCAGAUCAGACCAGAUCCUCAAAGACUGAAACCACUUGAUGAUUUAAAGGAGCGUUUGACCUUUGACCUCCAGAGAGCUGCAGGUUUCCUGUUUGCAUUGAUGCAUUUAUCAGAUAUUUUAGUUAAAAUCAAGUUGUGGUCUUGUAAACUAACAAAUAACUCACGCUGAGGCUAAAAUCACACCUGCAGCUUGUUUCUGUGCCAACAAAAUGAAUGAAACUAGAUCUGUAAACUCUCCUGCAGCGUGUUGGAGAAGACGUCUGGCUUUAAAAAACACUUUUACCUUUAAGAUCUGAAGAAAAUGUUGCAGAGAGAGAGAGAAAGCUGCAGGUUGCAUUGAUGCAUUGAUCAGAUCAUUUUAGUUUAAUUAAAGGUUUUAUCUUGCAAACUAACCAGGAGCCUCACAUGAUUCACGCUGUGGUCUAAAACCAGACCGUCAGGUUUUGUUUUGCCAAGAAAUGAAACUAAAUGACACAAAUUCUGCAUUAUAAUAUCUAAUAUAUCAUGCACCAUGUGGCAGAAAACAUGUUUACCUUUAAGUUCUGAAGAAAAUGUUGCACAUUCAGAGAGCUGCAGGAUUUUCCUCCCCAAAUUUUUGCAUUUAUGCAAUUAAUUAUCAGAUAAUUUUAGUUUAAUUAAAGGUUUUAUCUUGCAAACUAAUCCAGGAGCCUCAAAUAACUCACGUUGUGUUCUAAAAUCAGACCUGCAGGUUGUUUUGUGCCAAGAAAUGAAAACUAAAUGACACAAGUUCUGCAUUGUAACAUGUAGAACAAGACGUCUGAGUUUAAAAGUGCUUUUUUACCUUUAAGUUGUAAAGAAAAUGUCUCAGCCAGAGAGCUGCAGGACUCCUGCAUUCAUCACAUAAUCUUCUUUAAUAAUAGAUGGUGUCAGAUUACAAACCAGUAAAUCAUCAAUCAGCUGCAAAACCACCAGAACUGGAGCCACAAAAGUGUCAAGUUGAGCUAAAAUAAGAAGCGGGAACUAUUUGUUUUUGCACGACUGAAGCCAAGAAAUGAUGCUCAGGCUGCUGCAUCAUCAUAUUAAAACAGAACCCAGUUUAAAAAGCAACUCUAACCAGGAAAGAUGUUAAAGAAAAUGUUUCAACGCGUGACCUUCUGCAUUCAUCAGAUUCUUUUAGUUUGGUGUCUGUUUGCAAACUAAUACAGGAGCAGAUCAUCAGUCAGCUGACAGGUUAAAACAGAGAAAACACCACAUUUAGAGCCACAAACGACAGGAGUUGUGGGUUUAAAAUAGACCCAGUCAGGUGUUUUUAUUGAUCAGAUCAUUUCAGUUUAACCCAGCAGCAGAUCAUCCAUCAGCUGAGACACAAAUGACUCAGGUUGCGGCUGAAAUCAGACCUGUAAGGUGUUUUUUUUUGCACGAUUGAUGCCAAGAAAUGACAAAUAAAUGAUGUUUAGGCUGUAAAAGCUGCUGUAUUAUAAUAUUAAAACAUAACGGAGCAUGA